GAAUUCAACUCAUCGACCGAUCAACUAUCGAUUGACGAUGGUUUAGAUGAUGACAAUGAAGACGUUUCCGACUCAGACAUUGAAGAUGAUGAUCCACAUCCCAUGCAUGCAACCGCACUGGCUGCAUUCAAUGGAUCCAGUGCUCGAGAACUUUCUUUUCAACGUGGAGCUGAGCUUUUCCUCUAUCGACGUCUCAAUGAACAUUGGUGGGAGGGUCAACUUGCUUCAGCCGGCGGGCCUGAUGCGCCACGCUAUUUAGUCCCUCACUUGUACAUCAAACCCCUGACAGUUACUCAAUCUAAUGAUGGAAGUAGCGGUGGUGGUGCUGGUGCUGUACUUACCAAUCAAACUCUAGAAACCAAUGGCAACGAUAUCAACGCUACUACUGCCAGUGCCGCUAAUGGAACAACGAGUACUACGGAUGAAAGCACUAGUGGGGUGGAUGAUGAUGGACCUGCUACCGCUACGACGACGUCAUAUUCGGAAAAAAAUAAUAUGGAGGUGGUGACAUUGGGCUCACCUCCGAAAAAACCUCCCCGAAGAUGCUCGAUCAGCAGUGUGACGAGCGGUGGGACUGAAAGUCCCACUCAUAUUGCCCCUGGUAUAAAUGAAUCAUCCGCUGAAUCAUCGGCUAGAAUUAAAGAUGAAAUCUUUUCCACUGUUACGACACCAGAGUCUUCAAAGGGUGUAUUGCAUUUCGCUGUCUCAACAAAUUCCCAUCGAUCUCGCAGUUCCUCACCAACAUAUGACAAGACUGAAGCUGGUUUGUCAACAUUCGCAAAAGUGGAAGACGUUCAAUCCAGCGUCGACGUAAAGGAUUCUCCCAGUCUUCUCAGUGAAGGCGGCACUGCUGACUCGCCAAUUAUGACUCGAUCAAUGAGUAGUUCUCCUCCACCCCGUACUGACUCCUCUAGUUCACCUCUGAGACGUUCAGGAAAUCGUGGAAGUUGGGCUGGAGUAGUCAGUUCAGCAACAGCAAAUGCAGCUCUAACUGCUCCUGGAGUAUCUGUGUGUUCAGCAAUUACUGAACUUGAAACUCUACCUGAAGGCAAACCUGCUGAUCUAAAACCGGGCAAGAAGAUUUCUGUGGAUUCUAUUGAAUCAUCAAAUGGACAAAACAAUGCAUCCUUGCAUGAUGUAGACUCUGCACUGGCUGAGGUGAUGCGAGGUCUAGCCUGCUUAGAGAAAGGUCGAUCUCAAGGCCCAGAAGCAAACAAUGCAGCGGAACAGCGUUCACGCGAACUCGAGCAGAAAAUGCGUCUUCCCUCGGCACCCAAACCCAUUUCUGAAACUCUACUUCUAAAAGAUCGUCCCAAACCCCCGAAUUUCAACAAAACCACAGCUACCACAGAAGAAUUCCAACUACAGCUACAAGAAGAUUCCCCAACAAGCACUACAGACACCUUCGCAGAACAGGCCGGUGGAACAGUGCGCAAACGAGUUAGCGCGUCAUUUGUAGGCGGCAUGGAAGCAAAGUCUAAAUCCCUGUUACCAACUUCGGCAUCGCUGAGUGCAGAUCUAGGACAAUCCGAGCAGGAGAUUAAAGCCCCCGCUGCUUCGACCACUUCUUCAACACGAUGGUCUACUCGCAAACUCGCUGUGGAAAAGGAGGGAGGAGAAUCGGGAGUCAACAGCGGUAGUAUGAUGAGUAAAUCGUUCGUAGUGGAAGGACGAAAUAGUGGCGGUGAGAAGGAGAAUGUUACUUCAAAUAGUGAACUUGUCACCAAUAGCACUAGUACACAGGAGUCCCCUGUUCCGAUCAAACGUGGGUCAAUAGCAGCACGUGUGGCCGCUUUUGAGGCGUCGAAUGCGUCCACUGCUCCCCCAAUUCGUCCCAGUUGGGUCAAGAAGAUUUAA